UUCGGAGGGUCUAUUUUUUCAAGACUGAAAGGCUGUUUGAGAAACUGUUGAGAACUUCAUAAUUCCAGCAGAGUUGGAGCAGAUGGAUAGGAUGAGUGUUUUCAGUCUGAGAAAACUAUCUUUGACUAUGAGUCAUUAGAUCGCUCAGUCAGAGAGGCACAAGUGCGAGAGGCUGAGAAGAAAGUUGAGAUGGACGCCAGAUAGCCCAGGCAAAAAUUAAAGAACUAGAGGUUGAGACCAAAAAUCUUCAGGGGGCCUUUGGAUAGAUGGAGGCCAAUCUCGCCCUCGCCCUAGAGAGGGAGAAAGAGGUGGAGAGAAGGACUGAGGAGCACAUUCAAGAUGCUAAGCGCUCUUCAGUCGAGGAAUUCAAGGCAUCAUUCAUCUUCGCUGGGGAGAUGGCUCAAGCAGUAGAGGUAUUUAAGUCAUUUGAAGAAUACCACAACAGCCAUGUAACCUUCAGCGAAAAGAUUUUUCAUCAAGCUCACAAAGAAGGUUGGGUCGACUGCCAAAAGUCAGUAGAGGAGGAGCAUCCGGAGUUUGAUCUCGCCUUUUUGGACUAUGAAGAUGAAGAUGAAGAUGACGAGAAAGUUCAUAUUGCCUCUGAGCUCUCUUUCUCUGAGAAGGAGAACGUAGCUGAUCCGCCCUCCUCUUCAACUAUUAAUGUAGAUCUCUUUGAGCCUCCUUCAAAUACAACUCCUCGAGAGAAGGUCAAAGAUUGAAUGCUUGUACUUUUUGCCCCUUUCUUCUUUUUAUCUCUGUAAGAAAUUUUUAUUUAAUGAAAUAAAAUUAUGAGCUUUUUGAAGUUACCGCUUUCAAUUAUUUGCGUAGUCGGUAAAUGAUGCUUGUGACGUCGGCUCGGUAGCUACUGCUCCUUUACUGGCCACUCCUCUUCCUCCGAUGAUGACGGUUAAUAUUAAAGCUUAUAUCAAGAGCCUGAAGGAGAAACUUAAAUUCUUCGAAGGAGAGGCCACUGAUCGGGAAGAGAGACUUCAGAAGGCUCAAAAGAAACUUGAUGAGGCUGAGAAAGAAUUUAAUAGACUUCAACAAGAAGUUCGAUGAGGAGUUAUAGCACACAGCAUCGAGAAGGCACAAUUGGCCGAAGAGAUAUCGAGAAUAUCCGAUGCAGUAGGAAAGAAGUCUU